AUGGUUAACAUGGCUACACCAGAUACUCUCGAUGCUUACUGUAUUGCCUUACUUGCUGGUGCUCCCAUCGCUCAUUUACUUAGUAAUUCAUUAAUGUCAUGGCCAUUCAUCUUUCUAUUAUUCACUUUACCCGCAUUCACAUUGCUUAUUAAUCUUGGUCAUAUUUCUGGUGCUGGACCUGUAUUAACAUUCAGUAGAAUUGCGCCAAUUUCAUCCGAGCUCGUCUUCCUUAUAAAUCAGUUUCGUGCGCUUCUGAAUCAUAAUGAGCAAGUGGUACAGUAUGAGUUUUUUAACAUUUUAUUUAUAAUUGAAGGUGUGGGAUGGGCAUUAACAUGGCUCGCGGGCGAACGAUUAUUUACGCAGUCUUUAACAGCAGCCCAGAAUCUACUGUAUUUAAUCUAUUCAGUAAGAACACGCUUAAGCUGGGCACUGGACUGUGAUCACCCGUACAAUAAUAAGCUAUGUGUAAAUUUUCUUAAGGAAAAUGUAUCACAUGGCCAGGCCCAACAUCAGCCUGAUAAUAAUUGGCCAUCUCAGCAAUUCAACAGAUUUGGUGUGCGUGGAGUAGCAUUAGAAACCAACGUUUCGCGAUGGAUACCGAAUGCUUGGUACUUCGGUGAGCCUAACAUUGUGAACACUUUCUCAAUUGAACUACCUCCAUUGCCUCUUACGGUCUCUCAUUUGCUUAUCUGGUUGAGCAUUUUCUUAAUCCUUUACAAAUUCCGUACAAACCCUGGCUGGUUUUUGAUUCGCUUCUGUGUUAUUCUGCCGCUCGGAUUAUUUACAGUUCUUCUCACUGGUCUCGCAAUAUUUGGAUUUUCUUUCUCUCAUGAAGUUGAGAAAGAGCUGAAUCCUGAUCUCGUGGAAAAAUAUCCAUUCGAAUAUUUCUCGGAAAUUCACCAAUGUCUCUUUCAGGGUUUCUACAGAACUACGAUUCUGUUGAUGGACUAUUCAUCUGCAUUUACAGGCAUCAUAAUAUUUGCUUCAAGUCGAAUUCGUUCUGGUAAUUUACCAUUGAAUGCAAUAGUGCUACUCACGACGCAACUGGCUAGUUUCUCGUCAGUUGUUUUGAGUGGAAGGAAGACAACUUUUGAAAUGUUGAUUGUUGAUUUUCAGUUGGCUCCAAUAUUUUUAUAUGUUUUACGUCAUGGAUGUGAUGGUCACUUAGCGAAUGUUCAACCCGCUUACGAAAGCUACACAGCUACAGAUGCCACAUUUUCAUUCGAUACGGCUGCAAUUUGUUUCGCCACAACCACUGGUGGUCCACUAUGGGCCAUUCUUUAUUAUGCCGCUAAUUUGUUGUAUACGUGUAUUGGGCCAAUGACAGUUUUAUUACUAUUUAUCAUCGAUUCAUUUCACGAGCAAUUUCAAUUUCUUGAGCAUUUCGCCUUACAUAUUAUCGCAUUAUUAUGUAUGGUCUUCGCACUCACUGGAAUGCUUCUUUGUAUGCCGGUACGGUGGCAUAAUUUGGAUGCUGAUAUACGCGUGAUGCAUGCUGGUGAUGAUAGUUCUUCGUCACGACUUCGUUAUUUGUUUGGUUCUACAAGUCCACUUUUCACGGUGUUUUUGUUCACCACUGUACCUGCUUUACUUGCUGUAAGUUUUUUGGGGUGUUCAUUUCAUUCACCGCUAGGUGUAUUACUGGAUGCAACUGCCGACUGGACCUCACAUACUUCCCUCCGACAGACCAUAUCGUCAAGAAGCGCUCCAUAUUCGUAUUAUGUUUUGAAAUUAUUUACUUCUAUAUCUAACCGCACUAUUCUUGUUGUCAUUUUUAUCAUCGAAAUUUGUAUUGGAGCAGUAAUUUUAAUUCUGUUUCUCACGUAUACCAUUUUAACGCAAUUUCAAACUGAUAUCGACAACGGCUCUGCGAAUAACUAUCGGAUAGUAAUGCUACUUACAUUUGCCGUGUUUCAUAUUCUUUCACUUCUCGAAUUUUCACGAGUCAUAAAACGAUGGGAUCAUUCGUCGAGGUGCGUUUCUUAUUUGUACAGUAAUAAUGAUUGUAUUAUUUAUAGUUUGAAUUUGUACAUUGGUGUUGCAACAAUGGAAAUGGCGUUUUUGAAUGGUUAUAUGUAUAUGUUUAUCAUGAACCAUUCGUGGGGAUUUUACUGGAUGCCAUUGCUGGUGAUAUUUGUGAACAGUGUUUUACGUGGUGCGAUGCUAUCAGCUGUAAUCGCCAUUCGAUGGAGUAUGAGUGAGCAAUCACAUCCAACUCGCACAAGAGAUGCAACUGAAAUCUACGAUGCGACUGUUGAUCUGGAUUUGGAGUUGAGUGUAGAUCGAGAUGAUGAUGCACCGAUCAUCUAUGAAAUGCGACGAGAUGUUUUCUCUUAA